AUGCAAAAAGUCAAUUAUAUGACUAAAUAUGGAACAGUUAAUGCCUCCAGUGGUUUAUUUUGUGUGGAAAUUAACAAAUUGCAACAACGCAAACAAAAAUAUGAAGAUCUUGAUGUAUGCUUCACCAGAAGUGUUCGCGGGAAUAACUUGUUAACCAUCAACGGCAAGCCAUAUACAUUGAAUCGACGAAUAAAAGAUGUUUGUUAUUGGGAAUGUGUAAAACUACGUUGCAAAUACACAAAAUGCACGGCGCGCGUUAUCACGAAAUGUGAUCAAAUUGCAUCGCUCCGUGGGGAUCAUAACCAUUUAUAAAUUUGUGUAAUUAUUCUGUGCAUACUUAAUGGAAAAUAAAAUUAGUACCUAAAUAA